UUGCAGUCCUGUCUUCCUUCUCCAAAGGUCGCACAGAAAUAUAGACAUGGGAAUCCGUUUGCCCGUUGUCACUCAUGCUAAGCAGAUUAUUCGAGGAUCUCUAUUCAUUCAAAAGAAGGCAGCUCCAGUGGCCAUGGAUGUGCCAAAGGGCUAUUUCGCAGUUUACGUGGGAGACAGCCAGAAGCGGAGAUAUGUAGUUCCCAUAUCUUAUUUAUCUCAGCCUUCAUUUCAAGACUUGCUGAGCCAAGCUGAAGAAGAGUUCGGGUUCAAUCAUCCAAUGGGCGGUCUUACGAUUCCUUGCGAAGAAGAAGUUUUCCUUAAUCUAACAUCUCACCUGAACAAAUCAUGA